CAACUGGCACAAGAUCCCUCUGCGAUUGACAUGUUCAUUAUGGGCCCUAAUUUUACUAAGUGGUUUACUUCCUAUGUUGACAAUGUUGUAACAGGAGAAUACCCCAUCAUUCGGGACCAGAUCUUCAGGUAUGUUCAUGACAAGCGCUGUGUGGCAACCACUGGUGACAUCACAGUAUCAGUCUCUACCUCCUUCCUGCCAGAACUCAGUUCAGUCCAUCCACCACACUUUUUCUUCACCUAUAGAAUCAGGAUUGAAAUGGCAAAGUCGGCCCUGCCAGAGAAUGCAUGCCAGCUAGACAGUCGGUACUGGAAGAUCACAAAUGCAAACGGAAAUGUGGAGGAGGUCCGUGGCCCUGGUGUUGUGGGCGAGUUUCCAGUGAUGACACCUGGUAAAGUUCACGAAUACGCCAGCUGCACCACAUUUUCCACCACCUCCGAGUACAUGGAAGGCCACUACACAUUCCACCGGCUCAAGAACAAAGAGGAAGUGUUUGACGUUUCAAUCCCACGCUUCCACAUGGUGUGCCCACCAUUCCGUGAAUCAAUGGUGCGGUCGAGCUCAGUCAGUGAGGCGUCUGCUCCUUAUGAUGAGGAGAACUCAUCGGACACAGAUGACUACGAGGAGGGAGAUAUGCGUGGCAUGAACAUGGCUGACCCAGGAGGACGCUGCCCUCGGCAUGUCUGAUGCAGUUUUACAUGUCCCCGGCCAACACCCGCCCACAGAUACUGACGCACAGACACACUCACACAAACAGGAGAGCAGGAGGACAAACAAAGCUUUUAGGCAUCCAUUGUUUAUUGUACAGCGCUCUUGUGCCUGUCACCU